AUGACCACUCCUGAUCGCCCACAGAAGCGGAUGCGCUUGGCAUGCGAGCCUUGUCGCCGCAAGAAGUCAAGAUGCCCUGCAGAAAGACCAGUAUGUUCUCACUGCGCAAGGCUUGGUCAACAGUGCACCUAUGCAUCGGCCAUCGAGCGAAAUACAAUAAGUCCGGCUCGGUCGACACCCAUAGAUCGCUCCUCCGUACCUGCUACUGGCGCAACAACAUCCCAACUGGACCAAAGAAUGGCUGAGAGAUUGAAUACCCUCGAGGCACAAAUGAUUGAGAUGCAAAAUGCUCUGGAUCGCCAGAACACGCCUCUUCCUACUCAGCGGCAACCUCCUUCUCCUCUCUUGCGAUCUUCACAAGGCGGUUUCAAUGACCGGGCCGCGAAAUCGAUGCCUUCAUCCGUCGGUCUUCCGCCAUGGGACAUCAUCAGAACUUUUACGGAGCUGUAUCUCACAUAUUGCAACUACCAGCCUCUGCCACUCUUUGCCCCGGAGCACCUACUUGGGACAUUGACUACUCGGGACCCGGAAUUACUACUAGCCAUCCUCGGACUCGCGAUGCGAUUCUCAGUCGAGUCUACAGCUGCACUAGCACAAAACAGAACCAGCAUGGCCUCCGUGUAUGCAAGUUCAAGUCGUACGCUGACUCUUAAUCGCGUGUCGCAUGGACCGGUGGAGCUCUCCACGAUCCAGACGCUGUGCAUCCUCAGUCUCCUCGAAUUCAAUGAUGGCAACGCACAUCAUGCUAGCAUUUACAGUUCGCUAGCCCUGGACCUCGCUCUAUCGGCAGGGCUAUCAUCGGAGUAUCCUGGAACCCAGCAGAUCGAAAUCCACCAAGAAAGACGUCGGUGCUACUGGAGUGUGGUGCUUCUGAAAAACCUGUAUGGCUUUCCAAGUGGCUCGCUGUCCUUCUUGCAGGACGAUAAAACGCCAAAACCGUUUUUAAGUCCCAUGCCGCCCCUCGGCACCAGCUCUGCAAUGAGAGAUGCCUCGCUAGAACAGCCCGAGGGCACCACAAAUCCUGACGAAACGAAAGACCUCGGCAUAUUCAUGUACGCAAUUCAGCUCAGUGAGAUUUGGCAGAAAGCCGCUAGAUGCGCCCAUCGGCGAGGCAAACCGGGCGGUUUGUGGCCAAGUUGGUCUGCACAAUCCGAAUACGGGCAGACUGUGGCUCUUUUGAUGGAGUUUGAAUCCAAGUUUCCCUGGAAGUAUCGCUUCCGGCCCGGCCGAUUUGCUGAUCAAGACCCCUUGCAGCUGAGGGAAGAUCGGGAGUUCUGGGCUGUUUGGUUCUUUGUUCAAAUGAUCUAUCAUUCCAUCCUGUGCCUUCUCAAUCAUCCGCUUAUCAUGUCACUGGCACUGCGGAAUUUCAAAAUGACCCAAGUGCCGGAAGUCUUUUUGCAACACACCGCCUACCUUACAACGACGCAUACCAAUUGGAUCAUCCACCUGCUGGAUUUGGCAAAGCAGAAGGGUCUCAAGCUAUGUGAUCCUUUUUUGGCUCAUCUCGUAGCCAUCACGGCCACAAUCUAUUUGCAGCAGAGUUACUCCGAGGAUCCGACGGUCAGAACGAGGAAGAAGGAUUGCUUUCGGAAAUGCGUCUCUUUUGUUCGCGAACUUGGCUCCUACUGGCCGUACAUUGACCAACUGGCAGAGAAGCUUGAAAAUUUUGAGCAAGCAGUAUCAACCUCCUACCAUAAUUCGGCGUCACGCAGCAGCCCAGACUCUCGAGUGUUUAUUGACCUAAGCCUGUUUUGGGAUAUCGUCGAGUCUUCGUUCGCGAGCGAGCUUCCACGGCCAGCCGAUCCGUACUUCGGAACUUCCCUCAAGAUGAAUCGACAACCCUCAAAUUCUGCUGCGUUUCUCCGCAGCCGUCUCCUGCCCGAACCCACCCACAUCGAUGAGACUGGCGUAGCUCCUGCCGCAGAUAUCGUCGGAUCAAUUUCAAGUCUGGAGGCAUUGGCAAAUGCGAGCCAUGGCACGUCGGAGUUGCCGAACCUGGGAUUAGUGAGCUCUCUUGACGAAGAUGCUAUUCUAGCCGAGAGUUACUUCGCUCGAGGGGAUGACUUUGCCGGGAGCAUGGAUGAUUGGUGGCUCCAAGGGGGCUCCAUCUGA